UUUUGGACGAAAUGAGACUGGAGGUGUUGGUGGUUGCGCUAUGGUGCGCUUUCGUUGUUGUGUAUGCGGACGAAAUCUUUGAGUUCUAUGGGGAUUCGCACUACGAGUUCGGGAGACAAAUGGGACUGCGCUUCCGGGACAAAAUUCAGGACCGGAUGCGGCUCAACACGAAGCUACAAAAUCUGCUGCUGCCGUUUGCGAAGACGUCGACGGGACGCAAACUGCUGGAUCGGUAUCUACUAACGCACAGAGCGACGUUCCCCCAAUACUUUGAGGAGCUGGAAGGUGUGGCGGAAGGCAGCGACGUUCCAUUCGAGACAAUUUUCAUUGAGAAUAUUGUGGAGGAGUUUUCCAACUCGAUUCCUCCGAGUUUCCAGAAUAAACUGUUCCCGACUGAAGCGCGUCACCCGAUCUUGAGAUGCUCAGAUAUCGUGCUGACGAGCCCAGAAAUCCACGUGGUGGCGCAUAAUGAGGAUAGUGGGGAGAUGGAUGUAAACCGCACGGCAAUCGUUAUUGCAAAGAUUGGGAACGAACCCAAGUUUGUGGCGUAUACGUAUCUGAGGGAUCUUCCAUCCGGGGCGUUUGGAUUCAAUGAGAACGGCGUCGCGUUCACACUCAAUUUUGUCCAGCCUUCCGAGAUAUUUGUCGGUGGACUUGGACGAGGAUUCAUAUCGCGCGACCUAUUGACAGCGAAGAACGCCAAUGACGCGACUUCAAUUAUCACUCGAGAGGGUCAAGCUGCUGUGCACAACUUCCAGUUGAUGGAUGUUCGAGCCAAGCGUGUGUGGAAUAUCGAGGUGGCGUCGUUCAACCGUCAUCUAAUCUACAAGUUCAAGGACGAAGGAAGCGCUGUAUCGGCGUUCUUCCAUGCCAAUCAGUACCAACGGCUUCAGAUUGCGCAGCCGCCGUAUCAGAGUAGUCUCCAUCGACUGCAUCGCUACAGUGAGUUGACCCCCCCUAAGACAAUUGAGGAGGCGCUGGUGGUUCUCGGAGACCAGGAAGAUCGAUCAUGGCCGGUAUUCCAUGAUUCUCUGUUCCAUGCGAAGGGUGACUUAUCUGGCUGGACACUCACGACCAUUGUCUUUGAUCUGGACAAAGGGAACGCUGUGUCAUUUUUGGGCAACCCCGCAUAUCAUCGUCAAAAUCUCGUACAGUGGUGCACCUCAUUUUCGACACCGUGCUUUGCGCAAAUCGUUUGCCCAUCACCGUUGGCUGAAUUAACCUCAAUGGUUUUCCCGGAGGGAUGA